AUGUUAGGUUAUACUGAAACGAAGGACUUGGCCGCAAAUUCAAAUGGGAAUCUCGAAGUCCGUUCACUCGAUUUUACACAAUGGUACCCAGGAGGCAUUCUCCACACGAAAUCCUGGGUCGUUGACGGCAAACACUUCUAUGUUGGCUCUGCAAAUUUUGAUUGGCGUUCACUAACUCAGGUCAAGGAACUUGGCAUAGCUGCAUUCAACUGCCCUUGCCUUGCUCAAGAUCUCACCAAUUUGUUGGAAAUCUAUUGGGAUAUGGGAGCACCGGGAGCGAGAAUUCCACAAAGGUAA